AUGGCACUGUCAGCUUCAUUCAAGACAUUCCUACUGCAUUGCAGUACCUCCAUCGGGCAACGACUCGAAGCAGCCCCCUUCCAGACCUUCCUCAUCUUAGCCUCUAUCUGGAUGCUCUCUAUCCCGACUAUCGUCUUUCUGAUGACUCGGUUUUGGCCCUCUUUCAAUUCCAAACAUGCCAACCCUCAGCUGCGAUGCCGCUCUUGCGGAAGCACCGAUGUUACUGAGACACCUGCGGGGACCUCAGUUCCAACCCCGAGUGAGAAAAGGGAGUGA